ACACACUGCCAGCGACUUUAUCGCUGCAGGUCGCCAGUGGCUGGCGGUGAAGUCGCUAGUGGGUGUUCCCACUACUGGUUGCCUAGUAACGUUUAUAAAUGACAUUCACGGAUGUCAUUCCAUUGCUGUUGACAGCGAAUCUCUUUUCUUGCCACUAAAAACAAACAUUUUGUAGGGAAAAGACUAAAUAUAAAUGGAAUCAGUACAUAAAAUGCUUUAUAUCAAAGAUGAAUGAGAAACAAGGCGUGCUGUUUGCCAGAGCGGCUGUUUAUCUGCGGCGAAAAUGCAAAUGUCGGUCUGUAUGGGUCCAUAAAAUCCCCGCGAUCUCAGAUACACCUUUCCACGCAGUAUUUUUCUUUAAAAUGUCCUUGUACGUGGGAAGAGACAUAUCAUAGAGCACUGGAACAUUUCUAACAGCAAGAAUUAGCCUUUCAUCCAUCUUUCCGUUACUGCAGGAGCUGAGAGAAGGAGAGAAGGAUCACGUGAGCUCUCCCGUCGUCUCUCCUAUUGGCUGUCGCUUCCGUUAGUCGCUCCAAAGUUGAACUUUUCUCAACUUUGUCGCGUCGCUGGACACGCCCACAUCUAGCGCCAACGGUCGCGACAGCUCGUAUCGCCGGAAGUCGCUGUGCUCGCAUUGAAAAUGAAUGGUAUUGAGUCGCUGUCGCGCGCGAUGUCGCUGGCAGUGUGUACGUACCUUAAGAGCUGAUUGAAUGUCUCGGCUGAUAAUAUGAAGGGUAAGGCAGCCGUGCUGUAAUACAACAGUUAUCCAGCACGUGACAGUAAGAGGCGCGUCGCUUUAAGAUCCGAACGGCACAGGAAUUGAGUUCAUAAGCCGGAGACGAAAGACACGAAAAACAAUAACAAAUGUUGAAUUCUUCAUUUAAUCGGGAUUUCUGAGCCGAUUUCUCAUCUGAACGAGUCCGUCUGUGGAGCCGCAUUGGACAAUUGUGUGAUUUUAUAGCCUGUAAAAUGGCUGUUGUUUUUGUUCCCAAGCGACAGCGCGGAAAAGCGCAAAUCAACCAAGUGACAAUUCAGAGACUUCUUGAUGAAAAUGAUCAACUGGUGCGAUGCAUCACAGAAUAUCUACAGAAGGGUCGAGCCACAGAAUGUGUGCAAUACCAACAGAUUCGCCAGCGGAACAUUGUGUACUUGGGAACGAUAGCUGAUGCCAGCACAGAAAACCUGCCUGAUAAGACUGAGUUCUGCUGCUGUAGAGAAUACAGGUCCAUUGAUUUGUUUUUCUGUUCAGAAGAAUAUUGGUAAAACAGUAAUUAUGGGCCAAUACAAAAUAAUUGUUCCUUUCAUUUCUGCAUGUUGCAGGUCCUUACAUAAUUUCUCCUUGUGAAAAUAAAAUCACAUUGGCUGCAACCAAAGACACUUCAGAUGUUACGGAUCGCAGCAAUUAAUGUUCACUUCUGUCCCAACUUUGUGUAUUAUAAUAUACAUAAUUAAAUUUGUAUUUAAAUGCUGUGUAUAAUAAAUGUAUAAAGAGAAACUCUUUAGAAACUGUAUGUAUAUAACCAGGCCCUCAAAAACAUCCAUCAGUCACAAUGUACUUAA